UAUGGCUUGAAGUUGAAGUUUUAUUUUAAGGAAUUUUUUGGUUGAUUCAAUUCUUUUCGGUUUAAAAUUUUCCAUGUUUUAAAGUGAAAUUUGCGUGGUCAUAAUAAUUUUAAUAAUUAUUCGAUUCGUGAAUUUUGUGUAAAAUCGACAUGAGUAAAGUUUGUGUUAUUUGUUCUGGAAACGGCAUUUAUAAGUGCCCCACAUGUUUUAUAUAUUAUUGUUCAGCAAAAUGCUGUAAAAAGCACCGAGAAAACGAAUGUGAACUAUUUAAGAAGGAAGAACAACCCGAUCCUGAUUCUGAAGAAAAGACCAAGAAAACUUUAAAAACUGGUGAUGAGGUAUCAGCAGAUAGAUUACAGUUAUUAAAGAAUAGUGAUGAAGUUAAGAAUCUUUUGAGCAAUCCACAUUUGCGAGAUCUACUGGUGACAAUAGAUGAAGCAGACAAUGCUGAGCAGAUAAUGCAGAAAGCUAUGCUGGAGCCUAUAUUUGUUGAAUUUGCUGAUGCUUGUAUUAAGGCUGUUGAACAUCCUAAUAGCAAUCGGGAUGAGGGACAAGAUCAAACGUGAACUGUUUAUUAAAGCAUAAUGCUGAUUUUCUUUCCUAUUUUCUUUAUUUUGGAUCAAUAAGGAAAAUAGGUGAUCUAAUUCAAAGUCUGUCCAUAUCUCCAUGUCACGAAUAGCUCUUCUUUAAUACUUUCUACUUAAUUGAUUUUGUUUUACUUUUUAAGUUAUAAAGAGCUUUAUAAAGAUAUAGUACUAGUAUACAUUUGUUAGAAUUAGACAUUUGCAUGCAUCUAAAUUCAUAUACUUAGUUGGAUUUCAACUUUUGGAAUGUGACAUUCAAUUUAAUUUUGAAUUCUUAAAAAAUUAAUAUCAAUUUAUGUAUCUUUCGAUUCCUAGCUGUAUAAUCAAACAUUCAUUCACCAGAAUCUUAAAUGUGUUCAAAGUCACAUAUUAAAGGCUGAAAUCUGAAAGCAGUAAUAAAUUUUGUAUGUUAAAUAUACAUUCUUAUACUCUUUUUAUAUAAUUUUGUGUAUGGUAUAUUUGAAACAAAUAAAAUUAUUACUGAGA